ACAGAGCCUGACACGGGGCUCAAGCUUACAAACCACGAGAUCAUGACCUGAGCCAGAAGUCGGACACUUAACCGACUGAGCCACCCAGACACCCCAGAUGGACGUAAAUCUUGAGUGAUCCGGGAACCUGCCAGGGAGAAACCAAAAAGAUCAAGGCCAUCAGCAGGGGCCAGGGUGGGGCCGGGAAGGAGAGGGACCUGGCUGAGGGAGGCAUCUUGGAACUUCCGCGGGCCCCAUGAAGUCAGAAGAGUGAAACACCCCCUGUGCUCCUGCUCAGUGCCCCAGCUGAAAUCCCACAAGGGGUUUGUUGUGCCCCCCAAGAUGGGGAGGCAACCAGGAAGGGAAAGGACUUGGUGUGAUGUCAUCCCCAUCUCCAGAUAAGACUGGUUAGGCCCGAGGUCACACUGACAGCCCAUAAAGCCCAUAGCAAGCUCCGCCCAGGGGCCAAAUCCCCAAGCUCAGGAUGGUCUUGACAUUUCUACCAGGAAAAACCCAAAGAGAACUAUCCAGUGAUGUGAAAAUUGAUUCCAUUCAGGUUUUUGUGUCCCUGGAAUUUCAGACCUCACCUGAGUUCCUCUAGUGUUAAUGCAUGCCAGGGGACGGGGGACCCCAUGGGUUGGAAAUUGGGGAAGUGACAUCCUGGGUCAAGAUUCUCCUGAGCGCUGGUGUGGAAAAGCCCUUCAAAAGCACCAGGCCUGUCUUGAUGGAAGGGCCAGGCCAACAGCUCCCAAGAGAAGAGGGUGUGCAAGGGUGCCCGCCCAGUUUAAUCAGGCAUUUGAAUAAGCAUUUCCCAGUCUUACUAGGUUGUAUUCAUCUUCAUGAAUUUGAGGGGCAAAAAAAAAAAAUCCCUUAACUUGCAUGUCGGUUACUGCAGAGUUCAAAAAGUGGGUUCAUUGAAAGGCAGUUAUUAAACAGACUAGUUUUUGAGUACAGGCCCCCGAAAGCAUCCCACGGAUGACUCAAUUUUGGCCGAUACUCUGGCCUCCGCAUGAUCCAGCGGGUGGAGACAGAACUGUCCCCUUGGAGGAUGCCAUGGGGUCAAGGAGGCUGGAGACAAAUCUGAGCCAGCCGGUCUGCCCAUUGUAGAGAGCUCUCUACUAUUCCUGAUACUUACACUGAAGGGAUAGGCCGGGGGAGGGGGGGACAGGCUUCCUGUGGCACCUCAGCCUCAGCCUCAGCGUGAGGAUCCCAGGCCACCAGCCCUGUGGUGUGGUGCAGUCUGACCUGGAGCAGGUGUGGCCUUGCACAAUUAUAUCCUGGUGUGGCCUUGCACAAUUACAAGAAUGUUAUUCUAGACCCGGGCCCCAAGCUCUGGGCCUCACCAUUCCCCACUCUUAAUCAAGAUACAAGGUACCCACCCUAAAACGCACCUAGUGUUGAGCUCUGAGAGUUCACACACAUGGGGUUGGCAGCCAUGACCACGUCAAGCCACACGAGUGACCCUCCCCCCUGCUUGGGCCAAGGCGUGGGCAUAGAGACCACAGAGGGUCCAAGCUUACUGAGGCAGUCAGCAGAAACCUUCCAGAGCCCCCAGUGCCUCCACCGUCAGGAGACCGCCCUCUGGGUGGGGGAACCAGGAAGUAAGGGUGAAAGCCCCUCUCGGGAGGGAGUGGCAAGGGGGGAGGGCAGCCCCUCCCCAGGGCCAGAACCCACUUCCUCCUUUACCACACGCGCCCAGGGAGACAGGCCCAGAGGGCUGGGCCUGCUCCCAGCACCCUCCCCUCUGUCCCUCUGCACAGGAAGGUCGGGGCCACCUGGCCCGGGUGCCUCCCGCCAGCAGGAUGGAUGAGGAAGGCCCUGACUGCGGCAAAGCCGACUUUGUGCUUUUGGACCAAGUGACCAUGGAGGACUUCAUGGAAAACCUAAAGCUCAGGUUCGAGAAGGGCCGCAUCUACACCUACAUCGGCGAGGUGCUGGUGUCCGUGAACCCCUACCAGGAGCUGCCCCUGUACGGGCCUGAGGCCAUCGCCAAGUACCAGGGCCGUGAGCUCUAUGAGCGGCCGCCCCACCUCUACGCUGUGGCCAACGCCGCCUACAGGGCGAUGAAGCGGCGGUCCAGGGACACCUGCAUUGUUAUCUCGGGGGAGAGUGGGGCAGGGAAGACAGAGGCCAGCAAGCACAUCAUGCAGUACAUCGCUGCCGUCACCAACCCCAGCCAGAGGGCAGAAGUGGAGAGGGUCAAGGAUGUGCUGCUCAAGUCCACGUGCGUGCUGGAGGCCUUCGGGAACGCACGCACCAACCGAAACAACAACUCCAGCCGCUUUGGCAAGUACAUGGACAUCAACUUCGACUUCAAAGGAGAUCCUGUCGGGGGGCACAUCCACAGCUACCUGCUGGAGAAGUCUCGGGUCCUCAAGCAGCACGUGGGCGAACGGAACUUCCACGCCUUCUACCAGGUCCUGCGGGGCUGUGAGGACUCACAGCUGGAAGACUUGCACCUGCAGAGGAAUCCCGCCCUGUACAGCUUCACCCGGCAGGGAGCGGGGCUCAAUCCCUUGGACAGUGACGAGAGGAGCCACCACCAGGCAGUGAUGGAAGCCAUGCGGGUGAUCGGCUUCAGUCCCGAGGAGGUGGACUCUGUGCGCCGGAUCCUGGCCGCCAUUCUGCACCUGGGAAACAUCGAGUUUGUGGAGAUGGAGGAGGGCGGGCUGGAGCAGGGGCAUGUGGCCGUGGCCGAGGAGGUGUUGGUGGACCACGUGGCCGAGCUGACGGCAACGCCCCGGGAGUCGGUGAUGCGCUGCCUCUUGUCUCGCACUGUGGCCUCAGGAGGCAGGGAGCUCAUUGAGAAGGGGCACACGGCUGCAGAGGCCAGCUAUGCCCGGGACGCUUGUGCCAAGGCAGUGUACCAGCGGCUGUUUGAGUGGGUGGUGAACCGGAUCAACUGUGUCAUGGAACCCCGCGGCCGGGACCCCCGGCGUGACGGCAAGGACACAGUUAUCGGCGUGCUGGACAUCUAUGGCUUCGAAGUGUUCCCUGUGAACAGCUUCGAGCAGUUCUGCAUCAACUAUUGCAACGAGAAGCUGCAGCAACUGUUCAUCCAGCUUAUCCUGAAGCAGGAGCAGGAAGAGUAUGAGCGGGAGGGCAUUGCCUGGCAGAGCGUGGACUACUUCAACAAUGCCACCAUCGUGGACCUGGUGGAGCGGCCCCACCGUGGCGUGCUGGCCAUGCUGGAUGAGGCCUGCAGUGCCGCGGGCACCAUCACUGACCGGAUCUUCCUGCAGAGCCUGGACACGCACCACCGCCACCAUGCACACUACACCAGCCGCCAGCUCUGCCCCACAGACAAGACCAUGGAGUUUGGCCGAGACUUCCGGAUCAAGCACUAUGCAGGGGAUGUCACGUACUCAGUGGAGGGCUUCAUCGACAAGAACAGGGACCACCUGUUCCAGGACUUCAAGCGGCUGCUGUACAACAGCUCAGACCCCACCCUGCGGGCCAUGUGGCCAGACGGGCAGCAGGACAUCACAGAGGUGACCAAGCGCCCCCUGACAGCCGGCACCCUCUUCAAGAACUCCAUGGUGGCCCUGGUGGAAAACCUGGCCUCCAAGGAGCCUUUCUACGUCCGCUGCAUCAAGCCCAAUGAGGACAAGGUGGCCGCAAAGCUGGACGAGGGCCACUGUCGCCACCAGGUCGAGUACCUGGGGCUGCUGGAGAAUGUGCGUGUCCGGAGGGCCGGCUUUGCUUCCCGCCAGCCCUACCCUCGGUUCCUGCUAAGGUACAAGAUGACCUGUGAGUACACGUGGCCCAACCACCUCCUGGGCUCCGACAGGGCAGCCGCGAGUGCCCUCCUGGAGCAGCACGGGCUGCAGGGCGAUGUGGCCUUUGGCCACACCAAGCUCUUCAUCCGCUCACCCCAGACUUUGGUCACACUGGAGCAGAGCCGCGCGCGCCUCAUUCCCAUCAUCGUGCUGCUGCUGCAGAAGGCAUGGCGCGGCACUUUGGCCAGGUGGCGCUGCCGGCGUCUCCGGGCCGUCUACACCAUCAUGCGCUGGUUCCGGAAGCACAAAGUGCGCGCUUACCUGGCGGAGCUGCACAGGCGCUUCCAGGCCGCGAGGCAGCCCCCCUUGUACGGCCGGGACCUGGUCUGGCCGACACCCCCUGCUGUGCUGCAGCCCUUCCAGGACACCUGCCGGUUGCUGUUCUGCAGGUGGCGGGCCCGGCAGCUGGUGAAGAACAUCCCACCUUCAGACAUGGCCCAGAUCAAGGCCAAGGUGGCUGCCAUGGGGAUCCUGCAAGAGCUGCGGCAGGACUGGGGCUGCCGGCGGGCCUGGGCCCGGGACUACUUGUCCUCUGCCACCGACAACCCCACAGCCUCUGGCCUGUUCGCCCAGCGACUGAACGCUCUCCGCGAAAAGGACGGCUUUGGGACUGUGCUCUUCUCCAGCCACGUCCGUAAGGUGAAUCGCUUCAACAAGAGACAGGACCGGGCGCUCCUGCUCACUGACCGGCACCUUUACAAGCUGGACCCGGGCCGUCAGUACCGGGUGAUGCGGACCGUGCCCCUGGCCUUGGUGACCGGGCUGAGCGUGACCAGUGGGCGGGACCAGCUGGUGGUGCUGCACGCGCGGGGCCAGGACGACCUAGUCGUGUGUCUGCACCGCUCCCAGCCGCCGCUGGACAACCGCGUCGGGGAGCUGGUGGGGGUGCUGGCGGCGCACUGCCAGGGGGAGGGGUGCGCCCUGGAGGUCCGUGUCUCCGACUGCAUCCCGCUGAGCCAGCGCGGGGCCCGGCGCCUCGUGUCAGUGGAGCCGAAGCCCGAGCAGCCAGAGCCAGAUUUCCGCUGCAGCCGCGGGGCCUACACCCUCCUCUGGCCGAGCCGCUGACCCGCCGGCCGUGCCCUGCACCGCCCCCCCCCCCCCAACGCCAGCCCCGCAACGCACAAUAAAGGAAGCGUGUCUCUGCC